AUGGAACUAUUCAUGCGCCCAUUAGCCCAUCCACAAAGUCGUGAGCCUGAUGGGGUUUUUCCACUGGAUGGAAAGGAUCUUAAUUCUGUCACAGACGAGGCUCAGGCAGCCCUUCUCACAACGGCUCCUAUUCUUCAUCAGCUAGGUAGAACGACGGUUGUGCGGCUUUCGAAGACUUUGAUCAUGAAGGGUGGUGGAAGUGUCAUGGCUAGUGAAGCGGAAAUGCUUCGCCUUGUUGCUUCCAGAACCACUAUUCGAGUCCCACGAGUCUAUCGCUCAUUCCAGUUAAAAGAUGAUACACAAUAUUUUGGUACAUCUGGGUAUAUUGUCAUGGAUUUUAUCCCGGGCCAACCGCUGGAUGAGUGCUGGAACGCCCUAUCCCGUGACACUCAAGGCAAAAUCGCUUCGCAGGUUGCUGAAAUGAUCCAAGAGAUGCAAUCUAUUGAGCUUUUGAAACCCGGCCCCAUUGGUGGAGGACCAUGUCGGGGUCGGUUCUUCACAGAUUAUAGUGCUGGCCCUUUUAUGGACGCUGUUGAAAUGGAAGCUUGGUUUAAUCACAAGCUAGAAAUCUGCAAGAGCGUCCAUCAAGCUCCAAAAGACGUUCCGCCAUUCCAUUUUACUAAGUUUGUCCUUACACACCACGACAUCAGUCCUCGAAACCUGAUCUUAGAUCAGCAUGAACAGGUGUGGUUGAUUGACUGGGCAUAUUCUGGUGCAUAUCCUCCUGUCUUUGAAAGUGCAGCAUUGUCAAUCCAGCCGUCUUUCACUGAUUUCAACGAAGCGAUAUUAUCCCUUAUUCCACGUUACCCUGAGGAAGAAAUGCAACUUGAUUCUAUUGCAUAUGGGUUAACCACCGCGGCAUUGGCAUAA